AACCGUUAACAGUCAAAUCCGUUCGAAGUGGCGUGUGUUAGUUGCAAAAUGUAAAAUGUGCUAUUCCUCAUUAACAGUGUGUAUUGAGUUUAUCACUUGCCGCAACAUCAAAAUUUAAAGUGUUCUCCCAUUGCGUUAUACGGAAUUUCUGAUUGAAGUUUUGGAAUAGUGAAAUUUUACGACGCAUCCUAUUUUGAAGGUUAUACAGCGGAUUUUUUCGAAUAUCAUAAACAUGUACGGAGCUGACAGUCCAAGGCAACGUUUAUUGAAGAACAGUGUUCAUAGCAGUUUGAAUGAGACUGCUAACGGACUAUCAAAAGCAAUUACAUCGCCAAAAAUAACCUCCACACCAUUACAUUCCACACCAAGACGAAGAGAUCCUGUAUAUGCAACUCCUCCUAAAACACACCUACUAAGUCCCAAAAAAUAUGCUCUGUCUGAAGUUGCAUCACCAUCAAGACGAAGCCCUAGAGAUAAUUCUAGACCACAGAGUCCAGUUGGACCUUUGUUAGCUUCUACUCGGUACAAUGUAAAUGUCAGCACAUAUCUGGAUACAAAAAGCCCAGGCUUAACAAGCAGGAUUGUGGAGUAUGAUGAAGAACAAAAGAAAAAGUCUAUGCCGACACAUCAAAAGAAAUACAAUGGACCAGGAUUGUUUCCUAUAGUACACUUGUUCAAGAAGAAACCACCUGUUUUAGAACAAAAGCCAAGAACUGUGACAGUCAGGUUGGCUACUCCAGAUUAUUCACGCCACAAUUCCCCAGAAUACAACCGCAAACUUAUGGAAGGAAUUAUUCGACCAUCUCCAUCUAGGAGUGGUUUCUCUACGCCCACAAACAUGACGCCGAACACCAGAAGUGUGCUCGAUGCUUUGAAAGAGAUAUCGCGCAAACGAAUUCACGCCACAGAGGACUAUGAUAAUCACGAGGAGACUGGGAAAAGGCAGAGGAAAGACGUGAACGGUACUGAUUCGCUCAAAAGAUAUCGAGAUGUGGACAAAGUGGACAGUCCUGUUAGUCCAACUUCAACUCAAAAAUCAAAACGUGUUUGUGUUUAUGAUGAGUAUGCUGCGUCGUGCUCGUCGUCUAUGAUACAACUGCAACUUACCUCCAAAAGAAAAUCAACUAGCAUAAGUACAGCAACAGACGAAUCAAAAGAAACAAAACAAAUAAAAUUAAUCAACGCAGAAACGCAAACCGUUGAAACUGCUGCACCUGAGACAAUAACUGAAUCUGUUACUAGUAGUGAAGAACAAGUUACUGAAACUGAAAAAGAAGAACCAACGCGUGAAAUGCCUGUUAGAAUUUUUGACGACAUUCCUCUAGAUAGGAUCAGGAAAAACCGUCUAUCCGCCCUUGUUGGAACAUUGUCUGGUAAAAGUCCAUCUCGGGCACCGAAACCUGCAGCAAAAGCGCAAUUCUCAACUGAUGAUAAAGAGGAUGAACCUGAUGGUAAAACAGAUAAACCUUUAGUGGGAAUUCUUUCUCCUCCAAAGAAAACUACAUCAAAAACUGACAAACAUGUCACCUUUAAUUUGGCAGCCAACACAUCAUUGUCAGACACCACAUCAAGUGCAAGUACCAGUGGUUUUAAAUUAGAUUUACCAACAACCCAAACAACAUCAUCAAUUACUGUACCAGCUGUAACAGUUCCAGAUUCUUCCAAAACCAAUAUGGGCGUUUCAAAAUUGGGAGUAAGUGAAACUGCAGUGACACCAACUCCACCAACAUCUCCAGUACUUACUGAUGCUUUAACAUCAAAGUCUACGGCUAGUAUAUUUACAUUGCCAUCUAUAAAUACCCCUUCAAAAUCUGUCAGUUCCACUAUAACCAGCACAAGUUCCAGUUCUGACAGCAAUACAUUGUUUAGUCCACUCAAUACUAAUACAAAAUCCUCUACUGCAUCAUCUACAAUUGAUAAUUCUGUAAAUGCCAAACCAACUUUCACAUUUGGCUCACCAAAUGCUACGUCAACAUCGUCAUCGAAUACAUCGACUACCUCGGCGCCAACGAAACCAGGAGGCUUUAAAUUUGAUCUUACCCCACCUAAAUCCUCAGCAUCUUCAAAUUCAAAUAACACAUCUACUUCAAAAUCACAAUUUUCAUUUGGAAAUACGACCAGCAAAACUACAGACACAUCAAGCGGAUUUUCGUUUGGUAAACCAACAACAUCUGCACCUCCUUUUGGAAUCUCAGUUGCUUCUACAACAGUUUCAUCUAGUCUCGCUCCAGCCUCCGCUACCUCAGCUUUUAGCUUUGCCCCCAGCAAAAUUCCCGAUUCAGUAUCAUCAUCUCCAGGAAGUGUUACCACAACCACAUCAACAUUCGCUAACGCCGCAAGUUCUGCUCCCAUUUUUGGAUCAACUACAACAACUAUGGCGACACCAAGUUUCGGAUCUACUACAUCCACAACCUUUGGCAAUUCUACAACUCCUGCAUUUGGUACGCCAUCGUUUGGAACACCUACUACUUCAGGAACUCCAUCUUUUAAUGUUACUACUACAUCAACAACUUCAACAUUUGGAACUACUACAACUUCUUCAGCCCCUUCAUUCGGCAAUAAUGUGCCAUCAUUUGGCAAAAGUACUACAUCAUCUACUUUUGGUGUAACAACUACCACCUCAGCACCAGCUUUUGGUAGUACUACCUCAACUACCUCUUUAACGUUUGGAACAACCACACCAACGACAAGUUCUGCUUUUGGCAGCAAUGCAUCCAGCACCCCAUUUACUUUUGGAGGUUCUUCGGCGACAUCAAAACCCGGUACUACAGGUUUUGGUACAUCCAAUACUUCAACUUUUGGUACUGCUACUUCAUCAGCUGCGCCAACAUUUGGGACUGCUUCAUCUGUUCCCUCUUUUGGAAAUGCAACGAAUACUCCACCUUUUGGUGCAACUACAUCUGCUAGUCCGUUUAAUACCACGACACCGACAUUUGCUACGAACAACUCGACAUUUGGAAAAUCUUCAUCAACACCAGUUUUUGGAAGUGCUUCUAGUACUCCAACGUUCGGAACUACCACAACAGCUUCAUCUACAUUUGGUUCCUCCUCUACUUCAACAGCUGCGUCUUCAAACUUUGGCAGUAAGCCAUUCGCUUUUGGAAGUACGACUGAGGCUAAUUCAACAAACAAUGCAUUUGGAAAUCCUACAAACACUUUCGGAGGAAAUAAUACUAGUUCUCCAUUUGGAAAUACCAACGCCGCUUCCGCUUCCCCCUUUGGUACUAAUAACACAAAUACGACUACUUCUACUUUUGCCACAAAUAAGCCGUCCUUCGGCACUCCCAGUAAUGCUGGUUCAUUCGGUGCUACUACUACAACAACAGCUAGUUCUAUGUUUGGUCAGACCACUAAUUCAACAUUUGGUCAAAGUAAUAAUAUAUUCGGAUCGACUUCAACCAAUGCAAAUAAACCAUUAUUUGGUAACGCAUCAUCUACUUUUAAUAGCAGCACACCAGCUACAACUUCUUCAGCAUUUGGCACCUCUUCUACACCUACUUUUGCCUAUGGUUCAAAAACAGCUGCUUGCAGCUUUGGGGCCGCAAGUAGUACAACCACAAAUAGUACAUUUGGUACUACCACUUUCACUUUUGGGAAUACAUCAGCACCUACUUUUGGAAACAAUUCUGGUGCAGGUUUUGGUACUGGUACACCUUCAGGAUUCGGAAAUCCCAAUUCAUUUGGUAACAAUAGUAACACGAAUACUGGAUUUGGCACUAGUACGUCAGCAUUCGGUUCAGGUUCAACCACAACUGCUUCAAAUACAUUUGGCACCACAAGCAAUGUAUUUAGUAGUCCACCUGCAAACAACACCUUCAAUUCAGGUUUUGGUGCCAACAGUAAUGGAUCCGCAUUUUCUAAACCUGCUUCGGGUUUCGGUGCCCCCAGUUCGAACACAUUCGGUAGCGGUGGCACUAAUAACGCUUUCGGAACACCGAGUGCGACUCCAGCCUUCGGCAAUUCAGCUACUUCUUCUCCCCAAUCGCAGGUUUUUAACUUCGGAGCAAAUGCUGCGUCCAAACCGUCAACCGGAGUUUUCUCAUUCGGAGGUGGUAGUUCCGGCACUGAAGUACCCAAGCCCAACUUCUCGUUUUCUGGUGGCGCAACAAAUAAUCCUCCUUCUUUUGGGGCUGCGGCAAAUAGCACACCGAGUUUUGGAGGAGCGGCAGUACCGUCGUUUAAUUCAUUUCAACCGGGAGCUUCGGGCAGUUUCAGCAUAGGGACUGGGUCCACUGUAUCUCAAAGGCCAAAAGUCAAAGUUAAGCGUAGGACGUAAAUUUUGAUUUCUAUGAAAAUUUUUAAUUUAUUUUAUAUAUUAUUAUAAUAAAGCCAUCGUGUAUAUAAUUUUAUUAAAAGUAUAUGUAUCACUAACUAGAAACUGUGACGUAAGCAUGAUAUUAUUGGAGUAUUGUGUCAGGUAGCUUUAUUCUGAUUAUACACUUUGUUAUUUACCAUUCAGUUAAAGUUAUUUGACCAUUAUCUCUACAUAUUUUUAUGUAUAUAUUUUUAUUAAUAAAUUGUGAUACAAUAUGUAAUUUGAUACAUAUAACUGUCAUGCUUGCACAUGUUAUAUUAGCUUGUAUUGUUAAGUUACAAAUUUUAUAUUUAUUAUUUCUAGUUGUCUGAUCCUAAAUAAAUUUUAUUAAGAUAAUUGGUCAACCUGGUAUUUAUAGGCCAAGGUGUGAUUGUUAUUAGUUAAAAUAAAUUCGUUUAGUUCUU